GGGCUCCAUUUGAACCGGAGUCCCGCCGCAGAGAGAAGUAUCAGGUUUCCUCAGUGACAGUUAGCAUGAAGCUAAGCUAAGUCCUCCAUCAUUAUCAGCGGCGGAGAGUUUUAAUAAACCGAUCAGUGGGGUUUUAUGGACCAGCAUCGCGGUGUUUAGGCGGUUACCACCCCCCGGAGUCACGGCUAUCUGUCCUGGAUAACUUUUUAUCGCAGGCGAAGUGAAGCGGGUGUCAUGGCGGAGGGAGCGGACGCCGCGAAGAGGAAACAACCAGCGGGGAGGAAGAGCCGGCAGAGCGGGCUGAAGAGGAGCUCCAGCAGCCGGGUGACUCUGGAGAAAGUCCUGGGCAUCAGCACGGUCAGCAGCAGCGGUUUGACCUCUGACCCCAACUCUGGACUCAUCGCCUAUCCGGCGGGGUGUGUCGUCGUGCUGCUUCACCCGAAGAAGAACAAACAGAGUCACAUCAUCAACACGUCCAGGAAACCGUUCAGUGCUCUGGCUUUCUCUCAUGAUGGAAAAUACCUGGUCACUGGUGAGAGCGGUCACAUGCCCUGUGUGCGGGUGUGGGAGGUGGGCGGAGGUCAGGUGGCCGAGGUUCAGUCUCAUAAAUACGGCGUUUCCUGCGUGGCGUUCUCCACCAACAGCUGCUACAUCGUCUCCGUGGGAUACCAACACGACAUGACUGUCAGUGUGUGGGACUGGAGGAAAGGUUCGAUCAUCGCCUCCAACAAAGUGUCCAGCAGAGUUUUCGCCGUCUCGUUCUCUCAGGACAGCAGCUAUUUCGUCACCGCGGGAAACCGACACGUCAAGUUCUGGUACCUGGACGCAUCCAAAGAACGACGGGUGAACAGCACGGUGCCUCUGAUUGGUCGCUCGGGGUUGCUAGGCGACCACAAGAACAGUGUGUUCAGUGGAGUGGCGUGUGGGCGUGGCCUCAUGGCGUCCAGCACCUACUGCAUCACCAGCUCCGGCCUGCUGUGUCUGUUCAACAGCAGCCGACAGCUGGAGGCCUGGGUCAACCUGAAGACGUCGUCGGCGAGCUGUCUGGCGGUCAGCGAGGACUUCAUCUUCUGCGGCUGUGCCGACGGUCUGAUCAGAGUGUUCAGUCCGUCCAACCUGCAGUACAUCACCACGCUGCACCGGCCGCACCGCCUGGGCGUCGACCUCACCCAGAGCGUACAGCACGGCCUGUUACCUGCCAGUCCAGGAGCUCAGUACCCCGACACGCUGGCUCUGACCUUUGACCCCGCCGCCAAACACCUCACCUGUGUUUACAACGACCACAGUGUUUACGUGUGGGACGUCAGAGACGUGAGGAACGUGGGGAAACUGUACUCGGCCCUGUACCACAGCAGCUGUGUGUGGAGCGUCGAGGUGUACCCGGAGCUGUCCGACGUGUCUCAGGCCUGUCUGCCUCUGUCCUCCUUCCUCACCUGUUCAUCUGACAACACCAUCAGACUGUGGCACACCGACCCCCCCACCGGCCACAGGAACCUCUACAGCAACGACCUGUUGAGGAUCCUGUACGUGGGGGAGAACACGCAGCACCUGCAGGCUGAGGGGGAGAGGGGGGAGGCAGCAGGGGCUGAUGGGAAGGCUGGGAUAAGGGUGCUGGGUAUCAGUCCUGAUGGACAACACCUGGCAGCUGGAGACCGCUGUGGAAACCUGCGUAUCUUUGGUUUGGAGUUUCUGGACGAGUUGGUGAAGAUCGAGGCUCACGACUCGGAGGUGUUGUGUCUGGAGUUCUCGCCCACAUCCACAGGUGUGAGGCUGUUGGCGUCGGCCAGCAGGGAUCGACUAAUCCACGUCUUCAACCUGGAGAGGAACUACAGCCUGGAACAGACUCUGAACGACCACUCCGCCUCCAUCACUGCCGUCAAGUUCACAGGUGAGAGCCCGGAGGUGCGGAUGGUGAGCUGUGGAGCCGACAAGAGCAUCUACUUCCAGGCAGCUGAGCAGACGGCGGACGGUUUGUCGUUCUCCAGGAGCCAUCACGUGGUGGAGAAGACGACGCUGUACGACAUGGACCUGGACUCGUCGAGGACACACGUCGCCAUCGCCUGUCAGGACCGAAACGUCCGGGUUUACAACGUGGAAACUGGGAAGUUGAAGAAAUGUUUGAAGGGAUCGUCCAGUGAUGAAGGAGCUCUGCUGAAGGUUCAGAUGGACCCGUCCGGGAGUUUCUUCGCCACCAGCUGCUCUGAUAAAAACAUCACCAUCUUUGACUAUGAGUCAGGGGAGUGUGUCGCCACCCUGUUCGGACAUUCAGAGAUUGUCACCUGUAUGAGGUUCAGUCAGGACUGCAGACACCUGAUCACAGUCUCUGGAGACAGCUGUGUGUUUGUGUGGAGGUUGGACUCUCAGAUGACCGCCACCAUGAGGAAGAGGCGGGGUCUCAGACCUAAAGUUGCACCUGAAAGCUGCGGGCGUAAACAGAACAUCAGGAGAGAGACCUUCAUCACUGUUCCCUCCUCUCAGCUGCAGCAGAUGGAGGAGGAGGAGGAGGAAGCUGACCUCGGGACUCCAGCCAGACUGGACUCUGCUCACAGUGCUCAGCUGCUUCAGACCAACGGGAAACUGCCCAUGUGGUUCAGAAAACUGGGUCAGGGCGGAGCCUCCUCUGCCGUCCAAUCAGACGCCGAGCCUCGUCAGGUGCGGAGUCGGUGGACGGAGCAGCUGAACCCUCUGACCAUCUGCUCCAACUUCUCCCCGAGUCCCACCAAGAGUCAGGAGGAGGAGGAGAAGGAGGAGGAGGGGGAGGAGGGGGAGGAGGACUUCCACCCUCAGAGUCUGGAGAGUCUGCUGGGAGAGGAGGAGGAGGAGGAAGAGGAGGAGGUGCUGCAGACGACAGGUGAGGACAGGAGCACCUUCAUCCUCUACCCCAACCCCAACACCACCUCCGACAGGGAGUUUGACGUCGAAGCCGUGACCGACCCUCGGCGCUCUCUGACCCAGCUGGAGGUCAGAGGUCAGGGGGUGGAGCCAGUGUGGAGCACUCAGCUGAGUCCAGACUCGGCCUGUUCUGAGGGGUCUGCAGGAAGUCUGGAGCAGCAGCACGACACCGACACAGACUCUCUGAGUCAGGGCAGCUCUGUGGGCAGUCUGGGUCUGGAGGAUGACGACGACAGAAACUCUCUGAAGAACCACUUUGAUACUCUGGCCUCCAGUCUGAGCGAAGAGAAGUUCGACACUGACCUGAGGAACCUGCAGCCUCCGGAGGAGAAACACUUCCUGAACCCUCGACUCAGCAUCUCCACCCGCUUCCUGUCCCGCUUCCAGGACAGAAUCAGGGCGUGGCCGAGUCGAGCUCCGCCUCUGGUCUCCAUCCCAACCAGGAUCUCAGAGGAGAGCAACGUCAGCAACACGGUGGUGAACCUGGAGUCAAGCGUCGACAUCGGAUCAGAGUCGACUCAGAGAGAAAACAGCAGCGCUGUCGGAGUGAGAAGCAGCCGGUCUGUCGUCCAUAGAAGAGCUUCCUGUAUGAUAUCCCAUCAGCCCCUUCACCGCCCAACACGCCGCCGCCGACACACUGUGGUGGUCGUCCAGUGCAGAGAGACGCUGGGAGACGUCACCUCCAGGACUCUGAUGGCCCACAACAGCAGCCUGAUGUCUGGAGUCCAGCAGGGGGCGCCACGGCUUGGAUACUUAGGAACCACAGCCAGCUCCAGGGCCAAAGUCAGCCAGGACCCCCCCACCUCCUCCACCAUCUCCACCCAGGAGGAGAAGGAAAACUUUUCCUCCUCAGACCCCCAGCCUCCUGCUUCCCUACUGUCUGCAGGUCUGGACCCACACAGCCCCAAACCUGACCCCCAUCAAGACCAGAUCACAAGUGUCGCUGUGUUGUCUCAGGAGUCUCAGCAUCCUGUACCUGUGGCGAGCCCUCAGGUGUUGGCCACACCCACUGAAGUGACGUCACAGGGUGGAGUCGAGAGGUGGAGCGUCAGCAGCUCAGAGGCAACGCCAACGAAUCAAAACCAAACACUAAUCUUGAGCCCCGCCCCUCCAUCACACCCACAGCCACGCCCACCACCUGUGACAUCACCAUUUCUGACAUCAUCACAUCUGCCAUUGUCUCUGACAUCACCACUGCCUCCGGGCAGGGGGGUGGAGUCAAAGGAGCUGAGACCAGAAUCCAGACUGAUCGAGUGUCGACAGAUGAUGUUUCUGAACAAACUGUCGGAGCCGAUUCAUCUUCAUCUGAUUCACCCACAUCUUCCUCCUGCCUGUCCCGCCUCAGACAGGCUGUUUGUUGUUUCAGGAUCAGGUGAUGUCGAGGAGUCGUGCAGCCUGCAGCAGUGUCAGCAGGUCGCCAACGAGCUGAGACAGACGGCGAGACGAGCCAUACACCUCUACCAACAGCUCGGUGUGUCGCCCGGCGUUGCAGAGCGGCGUCUUCAGAUGUCGUCCGUCCUGCAGGAGGCGUUUGAUUUUGUUUACUCUGAGAUGCAGGUAGUCCUGCAGAAAGACGGACAGAGCAGCGGCGCCUCUGGUCACCUGGAGGAUGACGGGACGAUGUCACUGCUGGAGAAAUACUCUGAGAUGCUGGUUCAGAUGACCCAGAACAAACUGAACCGAAUCUGAUCCAAGACCAGAUGGUACGGAGGCUGAAAGAGGACAAAACUGACUUUGACCUCAGCCUGAGUGACAGACUGCUGCUGCUCAUUCAUCAACGACUGACAGAUUUUCUAAACAUCAGUAUUAAAUUUAAAGCACCUUACAUUUUAUUUGUGUUUUAACUCACGAUCACUGUUUGUACAUAAACUGUAGUUUUAUGUUUCUUAAUAAAUGUUUAAUGUUUCAGAA